GCAGUAGAAAAGUGUCCAUGUGGUGUUGCCGUAGCACUUCCGUUUGAACUCGUUCAGAGACGACGCUCAGUUUGUCAGAGCAACAUGGCGGAGGUGGAGGCGAAGAAGAAAAAGAAGAUGAAGAAAUUAAACGAAGAAGAAAUUGGAGAAAUUCAACAGAGCGGAGACUUUUUCAUCCAGCCAGAGUCAAAGGUCGCGACCCUGGACACGUCACAGUGGCCGCUCUUAUUAAAGAACUUUGACAAACUGAAUGUGCGUACAGCUCAUUACACUCCGUUACCCAACGGCAGUAACCCACUGAAGAGAACCAUCCACGACUACGUCAGGUCGGGCUUCAUUAACCUGGACAAACCGGCGAACCCGUCGUCUCACGAGGUGGUGGCGUGGAUCCGCAGGAUUCUGCGCGUGGAGAAAACUGGUCACAGCGGAACGCUCGACCCGAAGGUCACGGGCUGUCUGAUCGUGUGCGUGGACCGAGCCACGCGCCUGGUCAAGUCUCAGCAGAGCGCUGGUAAAGAGUAUGUGGGAAUCGUUCGGCUGCACAAUGCCAUAGAGAGCGAACAUGUUCUGGCUCGGGCCUUGGAGACGCUGACCGGCGCUCUGUUCCAGCGGCCGCCGCUCAUCGCAGCAGUGAAGCGUCAGUUGAGAGUCCGGACCAUCUACGAGAGCAAGCUGAUCGAGUACGACCCAGAGCGCAGGCUGGGGAUCUUCUGGGUGAGCUGUGAAGCGGGGACUUACAUCCGGACUCUGUGCGUCCACCUCGGGCUGUUGCUCGGGGUCGGGGGUCAGAUGCAGGAACUGAGAAGAGUCCGGUCUGGAGUUUUGGGAGAGAAGGACAACGUGGUGACGAUGCACGACGUGCUGGACGCUCAGUGGCAGUUUGAUCACAACAAAGACGAGUCGUACCUGCGCAGAGUCAUCUUCCCUCUGGAGAAGCUGCUGGUGUCUCACAGGCGUCUGGUGAUGAAGGACAGCUCGGUGAACGCCAUCUGCUACGGAGCCAAGAUCAUGCUGCCCGGCGUCCUCAGGUACGAAGACGGCAUCGAGAUGAACCAGGACAUCAUAACAACCAAGGGGAGGCCAUCUGCACGGUGUGUUUCUGUCGCUCUGAUGACGACGGCCGUGAUCUCCACGUGUGAUCACGGCAUCGUGGCAAAGAUCAAGAGGGUCAUCAUGGAGAGAGACACGUACCCUCGGAAGUGGGGUCUGGGACCAAAGGCGAGUCAGAAGAAGAUGAUGAUUCAGAAAGGACUCCUCGACAAACACGGCAAACCCAACGGCAGCACGCCGCAGGACUGGACCAGUCACUAUGUGGACUACAGCGUCUCCAAAGACACAGAAGGGUCAUGUGAUGCGUCUGCAAAGAGGAAACGUGAGACAGGUGACAGUGAGAGUGAGACAGCUCCGCCUACAGGGGACGCCAAGAAACAGAAGAAGAAGAAAGAGAAGAAGGCGAGACUGGAGGAAACUGAAGUUGCUGAAGAAGCGGUGGAGGAGGCGGAGGCGGAGCCUAACACUGAGCUUGAAAGUGCCAAGAAGAAAAAGAAGAAGAAGAAGAAAGAGAAAGAAGAGGGCGUGUCGGAGUGACUCCGAACUGUAUAAAAGCCGAGUUUUUGUUUUCUGUAAAUAUGUGAACACAAAGUGUUUUUUCAAAAUAAAAG